GUUGUAAGAAAUAUGUAAAUGUGACAACAGUCGAGACAAUAACAAGACAACAAGUUCGUUGUUUACACUUGAUACAUUGAAUUGUGACAGCCUGAAGAAUCCCAACAAUUGGAAAGACAGGGAGAAAUUAUCUGCAAUAUUGAAAAUGAAUUCUGCUGUAAAACACAGGUCAGCAACAUCUGUUGUCAAAAAGUUGAUAUAUCCAGCAGCUGAUCGUAAUAAAGAUCCAAUAUUAAAAGUUAUCAAGCGUCUCAUUCAACCAAUGCCAAAUCAGACAUUUAUUGAAAUAGCAUCAGGCACUGGGCAACAUAUUGCUCACUUUGCUCCUCAUUUUCCACAAGUGACAUUUUAUCCGAGUGAAUAUGAUUCUGAGCUUCUUGAAAGUAUAUCUGCUCACUCUUUAGAUCUUGGUAAUGUUGAGAAGCCACUUCAUGUUGAUAUUACAACUGACUUUGAGACUUGGGGUGAUGGAAUAUUCAAAGGUUGUAGCAUUGAUUACAUAUACAGUGCAAACAUGAUACAUAUUUCACCAUUUAAAUGCACUCUUGGGCUCUUUAAAAAUGCUGGAAAAUUAUUAAAACCAAAUGGAAUGUUAAUAACAUAUGGUCCUUAUGCUAGUGAUGGUAAAAUUACACCAAAAAGUAAUGAAAUGUUUAACAAAUCUCUUAAGUCACAAAAUCCUGAAUGGGGAAUACGUGAUGUUCGUGAUUUAGAAAAUAUUGCUCGUGAAAAUAAUAUUGAACUUAUUGAAGUUAUUGAUAUGCCUGCAAAUAACAAAACUUUAGCAUGGAAAAAAAAUUAAAAUAAUCUAAUAUUUAUUCUUAAAACAAACACAAUUAAUUAUUCAAAU